UUUAAGAGCAAAAGGAGUUGAGGGCUAGUAGCCUCAUCUGAAAAUGGCGGGAAGUCCUUAAACCCCUAAAACCCUACGCCUCUUUCCUCUCAAAUGCUACCCAUCGCAAUUGUCUGUAAAUCGAUCAUCUCUUGCCUAAUCAUCCCCGCCUUCCCAAAACCCCUAAUUCCGAGUCAUUCUCCGAAACGUUUCUUCCAAACCCCGAAACGUUUCGCCUGUAUUCGCUCCCAAAAACCCCCAAUGUCUUCUUCUUCUUCGACCCAUGUCACCGCCGAGUACGCCAAGUCCAACAGGUCCUCUUGCAAGAAGUGCUCGAAAAAGAUCGAGGCCAAAGCUCUGAGGCUGGGCUUGGUCACCAGAGACGCGCGUGGUUUUGACGCGAUCAAGUGGCACCACCUGGGUUGCUUCAGUUUUGGGUCCGAGUUGGUUGCUUCGGUUGACAAGAUUAAAGGGUUCCAGUCUCUAAAGAGCAGUGAUCAGGAAGCUUUGAAGAAUUUGGUGGAUGAAUUUGAGAAAUCCAAAGAGGAGGAUUCAAAUGGAAAGAAAGGUUCUCAAAAACAAAAGGUUUGUGAAGUGGAUGAAGGUGAAAAUGAAGUAGGGGAAAGGGAGUUGAAGAAAGCGAAGGUAUCUAACCUGGAAAUAUCCUUUUCAGUGUCUGAUGUGAAGGACAAGUACAAGGAAGCAACUCUUCCACCUAAAUGGAAGGCAUUUCAGACUAUCAUAUUUCUUGAAAGGGAUGAUGGUCUGCAUGAUUCAAGUAAAAUUGCUGCUUUUGAUUUUGAUGGAUGUCUUGCAAAUACUGAUGUUAGGAGAGUCGGUGCUGAUGCUUGGUCCCUAAUGUAUCCUUCAAUACCUGAUAAACUACGGAGCUUGUAUGAGGAUGGCUACAAGCUGGUAAUCUUCACGAAUGAAGCCAACAUUGAGCGCUGGAAGAAUAAGAGACAAGUAGCUGUGGACUCAAAAAUUGGACGUCUCAACGAUUUUAUUAAGGAAGUGAAGGUCCCAAUUCAGGUUUUCAUAGCUUGUGGGACGAGUCAAGGAGAAGACCCCUUUCGCAAACCCAAACCGGGGUUGUGGCAUAUGUUGGAACAACACUUCAACUCUGGCAUUUCCAUUGAUAUGAAUCAAUCUUUUUAUGUUGGUGAUGCUGCUGGAAGAAGCAAUGAUCACAGUGAUGCUGAUCUUAAGUUUGCAGAGGCCAAUGGUUUAAAGUUUUAUGUCCCAGAGGAUUUCUUUGAAGCUUGAGGAACUUUACGGUCAUCUAAUCCUACUAGGAAAUUCAGUGUCACGUUGGUAUUCAACAUAGUUCUUUUCUAGCAGGUGAUUUUGAUAUAGAAAUCAUGUUGACGCUCAGCCCCCUUUGUAAAGGAAAUUGUGUAUUGGCUAUUAAGCCAUCAACCAGCACAGAAGCACACGGUGACUUCAGUCCUAGUGCAUUGUAGUUAUCAAGUAGUUGAACUUUUUCGGAUCUCCUAAGAUUAAUGUCGUUACCUCGUA